UGGGUCUUGGAAGAGCAAGGAAGCAUAGCCAUGGGGGUGAGUGGCAACGAACAAGAGAAAGGGUUUGAAGGGACUGCCUUAGAUUUACCCUUCAAUCGCCGUUCCAACUUGAAAAGCGCUACCAACGAUGACCACUUCACCAACCUUCUCGCCCACAUCAAAUCCUCCAAAACCCCUGCCGUUAUCAAUUAUGGUGCUUCCUGGUGUCGCGUUUGUAGCCAAAUUCUGCCUGCAUUCUGUAAACUGAGCAAUAAUUUCCCGAAGCUUACCUUUAUAUACGCAGAUAUUGAUGAAUGCCCUGAAACAACUCAACACAUUCGAUACACCCCAACCUUCCAAUUUUACCGAGAUGGUGAAAGGGUAGAUGAGAUGUAUGGUACUGGUGAAGAGAGAUUGCACGAUCGCCUUUGGUUGCACUCUUAACCUCGUUUAUACAUCAAUUGGGAGCAUAUAUGACACUGUUCCCAACUUAUUAUUAAGCAUUAGCAAUUCUUCGAAUAGAAUCAAACCAUCAUAUUUACUUGCUGAUGGAAGAUAGAGAAGGAUGGGAGGGCUAAAAGGUCAUCUUCUACUGGUGGACAACUUCGUGCUGAUAGCAAUGGCUUGACUAGCCUGGAUUUGCAUAAAAACAGCAUGCUCACAGCAUUAAUCAUUGCAGUAGGAGAUGAGAUUCUCUAAGUACCUUGAUGUCACAUGGAUAACUGGAUUUUGUGGAAUAAAUUGGAAACACUAUCUUGUAUGAACUCGUAUGCCCUGCUUUAAAAUAUUCCAUUGGAAGAUUUCACUAUUUUAUCCGAGUAUUUACCAAGUUUCAAGUUUCGGGUAUCAAUAUGCUAU